AUGGACUCUUUCAAUCAAGGCGACGAUAACCUAGACACUGACAAUGACGAUUCGAGACGAGAUGACAUCGUCGAAUAUGCCAGCCGACGAAAUCGCCGAGCAAUGCGUUGGGUGGCUAUUUUGGAUCCCAGCUAUGUUCCAUCAGAUGACGAUUCUCUGAGUUCAACGCCGAUCUCCUCCCCACAACAUCAAUUAGAAGAUGUUCAAGAGCCAACAACACAAGAGGAUGAUCAGAGAAGGUCAUUGGCGGAGUUCUUCAGUAGUUUCGAUCGCCCACUGCCAAUAUCUACGCCACCAUUGCUUUCACUUUCAAUGGGGCCAUCACCGACUCCAGUGCGAUCUAGAGUUCAUUCUCCGUCUCCACCAUUCUUACCAGCUGAAACUCCUAUUCAUUCCCGAGAUUCUUCUCCUUCUCCGGACAUCAAGCAAGUUCGGUAUUCUGUCGAAUCCAGAGUUCCGACCCCAUCUCCGCAAAUCGUACAAGCUCAGACUGCUUUGGAAUCCAGAGAUUCUUCCUCUUUUUCACAAGUCGAACAAGUUCAGGUUCCUCUGGAAUUUAGCGAGAGCCCUUCUCCACAAAACGUCAAAGCUCCGGAUCCGAUAGAAUCCAGAGAUCAUUUUCGUUCCUCACAACUCGAGCCAGACGGCGUUCAGGAAACUCGCGCAAUCACCGAUAAUUAUCCACGACUUCUCAUCGAACUCAAAAACACCGAAAUUGUAAUCAGAUUGGUGACCACGGGCGAGAGAAAGCGCAAGAGCGACAAGGAAUUAUUCGCCGAUUACAAGAUAAGCGGAUGGAAACUGAAAGAAGAGCCGAAUACGCAACCCGGCUGGUGCUGGGAAUGCUUCUAUUGGCAAGCGUUCGGCCCGAAACUCUAUGCUCGCUCAUACCCUCUAUACCCGCCUUUUCCAAUCGCCGAGGAAGACGCAGAGGAAGACAACGAAGAAGCCGAGCAGGAGGAUGAUUGUGACCAGAACGACUGCCAAGACGAUUCUCAAUAA